AUGGCAUUUAUGGGAUAUUUCGAGUGUGGAUUUAUAUUUUUCCUUUCUUUGCUGGAUUCUGCGUUUGCUCAGAUCGUCUAUUCCGUACCGGAAGAGGUAAAUAAGGGAACAGUUGUUGGGAAUAUAGCGAAAGAUCUGAACAUAAAUGUUCACGACCUGGAAUCUCGCAUGUUUGAGAUUGUGACUGGAUCAAAUAAGAAGUAUUUUGACGUAAAUCUGAAAACUGGCGUGCUGUUUGUUAAUGAAAGGAUUGACCGUGAGGAGUUAUGUGUGUCGAAUCAGAAAUGCUCUUUGAAUAUAGAAGCUCUCGCUAAAAAUCCUCAUCAUCUUUACAGGGUGGAGAUUAAGAUCUUGGAUAUAAACGACAAUGCGCCACAUUUUCCUGUUAAAAUAUUUACUGUGAAUAUUACCGAAAACGCAAGCCCUGGAGAGAGAUUUCCUCUCCCUGUAGCCGAGGACUCUGAUGUUGGCAGUAAUUCUCUGAAAGAGUACAAAUUGAGUCCGAAUGAACAUUUCAGUCUAGAUACACAGAGUGAAGACCAGAGUGUGUCUGCAGAGUUAGUGCUGAACAAGGCUUUAGAUCGAGAGAAACAAGCGACAAUUAAGUUAGUACUCACUGGAGUAGAUGGAGGAAAACCACCGAAAUCAGGGGCUUUAAAUAUUAUUAUAAACGUCAUGGAUAUUAAUGAUAAUAACCCAGUGUUCAGUCAACCUCUUUAUAAAGUCAAACUCAAAGAAAAUGUUGCUGCUGGUACUAAAGUUAUCUCUGUGUCUGCCACUGAUUUGGAUGAAGGCAUGAACAGUGAAAUUGUGUAUUCGUUUGUUGAUCAUGGUAAAAAGCAAGAUUUAUUUACCAUUACCCCCGAGACCGGAGAUAUUGUUGUAAAAGGGCAAAUUGAUUAUGAGGAAAAUCCUGCUAUUGAGUUACGAGUUCGUGCAAGAGACAAAGGCAGCCCACCAAAGAGCACACAAUGUAAAGUUUUAAUAGAAGUUAUAGAUGACAACGAUAAUGCACCAGAGAUAACUGUGACUGCUCUUUUGGAAAGUGUGAAAGAAGACACAAAGUCAGGAACUGCUGUUGCUUUAGUCACAGUGUCUGAUAAAGAUGGAGGUAAAAAUGGCAUUGUACACUGUGCUCUGAAAGGUUCGUUUCCUUUCAAACUGGAGACGUCAUAUAACAAUCAUUAUUCUCUAGUGGUAGACGGACCUCUGGACAGAGAGAGUGUUUCUCAGUAUAACAUCACAAUUACAGCUGCAGAUGAAGGAGCUCCGCCUCUUUCCAGCAGCACUGUUAUAACUGUACAUAUCUCUGAUGUUAAUGACAAUGCUCCACAUUUCCCAGCACCCGUUAUUAACGCUUUUCUAAGUGAGAAUGGUCAAGCUGGAGGUCUCAUGACAAAAGUGACAGCUGAAGAUUCAGACACUGGUGAGAACGCAGAACUUUCAUAUUCACUGUUAGACAGUUCCAGCUCCAGUGUUCCUAUAACAACACUGAUCAAUAUAAACUCUUUGAGUGGAGAAAUAUUCAGUUUGCAAUCAUUUAAUCACGAAGAAACAAAAAGAUUCAGUUUGAAGUGAUGGCAACAGACUCUGGUGUUCCUCCUCUGAGCAGUAAUGUGACUGUAAAUGUGUUUAUUCUGGAUGAGAAUGACAACAGUCCAGUUAUUUUACCGCCUUAUUCUGACCCUGGAUCAGUUAAUACUGAGAACAUUCCCUACUCUGCUGAAGCGGGAUACUUUGUAGCCAAGAUCAGAGCUGUUGAUGCUGACUCUGGAUAUAACGCUCUUCUGUCUUAUCAUAUGAGUGAACCCAAAGGAACUAAUCUCUUCCGCAUUGGAAGCAGCACUGGAGAAAUAAGGACUAAGAGACGAAUGAGUGACAACGACUUAAAAUCUCACCCACUUCUUAUUACAGUGUCUGAUAAUGGAGAGCCAUC